AGCUAUCGUAUUCCUGUAUUUCAAUCUGUCACGCUUCCUGUAGCUGCUGUUUCCUAAGGUAGAUCAUUAGAAAUUUUGACUUUUGUGUUAAACUAACACUCUGUCCCAGCAGUCCCAGUCGAACCGCGAACGGAACACAAAAAAUGGUCGCCUUUAUUGCACAGAAAAAUGUUGGAUGACUUUUGGUCGGACGCACCGGCUUUCCUCAGUCUUCACUAGGAAAGUACUGACUGCGUUUCUGCCCAAGGGAACCAAGAGCGGCCCUCCUUCUGCUCUUGACGUCGGACCAGCGCUGCUCAAGGAAUUAGGUCGACAAGUAAAAUUCGUACCGUUUGAUUCAAAUUCUGCAGUUCCCGCGCCGUUUGUCCGAGUCUGUGCAACAUUUCAGAAUUUUGUUGGCGCCGUGUUCCCUCCAUCCAGCACGAUGAAACGCACCCGCGAGCAGGACAAUACUUUCCCGACGGUGCUGCCGACCGGACAGCCGCAGGACGGGGUAUUAAACCAGCAAGUUACAACGACCGACGGGAGAGGCAAUGGCGGCCCCAGAAGAAAACUCGAUCCGGCGAACCAGGUUCUUGCAGCGGGCCCGUCGAUAUCAACUGUAAAAAUGUCUGGGUCUGGAAAUUUGUGAUGCUAAAAUGUGCAAGAGGAGGUCACUUGCUUAUGCCGGAAAGCAUGACAAGGUUGCAGCACGCUUUCUCAUACGAACUCCGCAUGAGAAACUGCGUUUUUGUAUGACAGAAGAGGCUACCACUGUUCUUGGUCAUGCAAUACAGAUUUCACAGCAAUGCAAGACCCGCAUUACAAGUUCCAACUUUCCAGACCCAGACACUUUUACGAUCCAUAGUCAACCGGUGUGGCUGAGCAGCCAGGGGCGGUUCCCAGUCCGGCGCGAGCGGUGCUUUCCGGCACCUCUGCGGCAACCAGUAGCUCGGCGGCAAGGCCUAUCAACUGUAAAAAUGUCUGGGUCUGGAAGAUUUCUAGACUUGUCAUGCAGGUUUUGCAUGAGUCUUGAUGUCUGUGAUGCGUGCCCUAGCAUCACAGAUUUUUUGAGGCCUUCUUGAUGCCUAUUCCGCAUUACAAAUGCCAUCUCCGCGUAGCAAAAAUCACAUUCCCUUGGCUGCUCAUGCAAUACAGAUUUUUUUGCAAUCCAAAUGCAGCAUCACAAGUUCCAGUCUUCCAGACCCAGACAGUUUUACAUUUGAUAAGGCCGCCCGGAACGCAAGAUGUGGAUGUGGGCGAAGAGAUCGCGACGCGGAUGAAAAUGCUGGCGGAAAAGCAUAAAAACGACCUCUACCGGUAUAGCGAAAGUUGUGCGAAGUAGAAAGAUUUAUUGUUCAGAUCAGAAAUGUUAAAAAUGAUGUUUUUUUGUAUCUUUUUUGUCUAUUGUGAUUGUCAUUUUUGUUCCACCCACCAUUUUCAUUAUCGCGUAAACUACGAACUUAAGCACAAAAAAUCCACAGCUGCACCCGCGCGAAAGUGGUAAAGGCCGGACUUCCGAAUCCACGUAACGCGGAUGCGGUCGGCUUCCAGCUUCUCGGCGAAGACGGCAAGCACUUCCACGUGACCUUGCUUGACAGUUGGGCGGAAGAGUGGAAAAACGCAAAGUGGACGCUCGAAAAGGGGGACAUCGUGCAUUUGAUCGGCGACCCGCCCAUGUACAAGUUGAUCGAGAAGCACAAGCACUGCGAAAUCUCCGAUCGGGCGGAGCACCAGUACCGGAUGCUGUGCUUCCAUCCAGAUAUUCUGCUCACCGGUACUGCGGUCUCCAACGCGCUCUCCUGCAGGAGGUACGCGUUGAUUGCGUACGAAAUCGGGGAGAACAUGGCCUCCACGUCCGCGGGGUCGCGGGCUUUGGUGGUCGGAAACAUCGUGCACGCGGCUCUCCAAUACGCCAUGGCCUGUCAGGAUUUCACGGACGUAUCAAAUGUAAAAAUGUCUGGGUCUGGAAGAUUCUGAGAUUUGUCAUGCAUGUUUUGCAUGACCCAGGAUGUCUGUAAUGCACGACCGCGCAUCACAGAUUUUGAGCGGGCUUCCUGAUUCCUACUCAGCAUGACAAACGCCCUCCCCGCGUAGCACAAACUAGACUCCUCUUGCUGGUCAUGCAAUACAGAUGUUUCUAGAGUCCAAAGCUAGCAUUACAUCUUCCAGACCCAGACAUUUUUACAUUUGAUAGGACGUGUUUAUUGACAACACGUUGCGCGAGGAGAUCGACAAAAACCUCGUCGUAUUGGAAUGAAAAAUGCCCCCACCCCGGAAUUUGGAAAAGGUUCUCAUGCAAAGUUUCCAAAUGAAAGCUUUUUGUCUUGCGUGAAAGGACUACGAGCCUUUCUGAUCCGGAAUCUAGGGGCGCAAUGUAUCUUCUGCAUAACAGAUCCGGCUACUCAUGUGCUCCUUUGCAACACAGAUUUGAGCUAUUCAGCAUGGAGAAUUUGUGAUGCUGAUAUAUGCAAGGCGGGGAAUGUUUCCAUUGGAAAGGUUUGCAGUACAAAUGCUGACAAGUUCUGGGGUGGGGGCAUUUGUCACUGUAAUACGUCGAUCUGUGGCGGUUGAAGAUCUCGACCGACGAGAUGUUCAAGGACUGCCGACAGCGGUUGCGGAACGCGACGGACUGGGUAUCAAAUGCAAAUAGAUCUGGGUCUGGAAACUUCUGAUGCUACAAUGUGGAUGACGGGAACACCUCCGAGUACAGCCCAGCAUGACAACUUUCUAGAACGCCUUCUCAUAGGCACCCCGCAUGAGAAACUGUGUUUCUGCACGAUGACAAAAGAAGCUGCGACUUUUGUUGGUUAUGCAGUACAGAUAUCCACCCAGGGAAGUAAGACUAGCAGUACAAGUUCCACCUUUCCAGACCCAGACACAGUUGCAUUUGAUACUGGGCCCAGCAGUACUACUUGCCGCUGGACAGCGUGAAAGUGGUCGCGAAAGCGGGCGGCCGGGAUAAGCCGAAGAUCGCGCACUUGAUCGGGAACGAGCAGAACGUGUGCUCGCACAGGUUUGGUUUGAAGGGGAAAUUAGACGGGCUGGUGAAGACGGAUUCCAACAAGACCUCCGCUCUGGAGAUAAAAACGGGAAAAAUCAAAACCGAGCACGUCGGGCAGAUCACGGUCUAUUACCUUCUUCUCUGCGACCUCGUGAACCAACAGCUGGAGAAGGAGUUGCAGGCCUGUUCCGACGAGGGGCUGCUGUUGUAUCCGCACAAAGACUAUCAAAUGUAAAAAUGUCUGGGUCUGGAAGAAUGCGCGAUUUGUCAUGCAGCUUUUCCAUGACCCAUGAGGUGUGGAAUGCAGGACCUAGCAUGACAGAUUCUGUGCGAUCUUUCUCAUGCCUAUCCUGCAUGAGAAGCUGCCUCCCGACUUGGUCAAAACUGGACGACUUUUGGUAAUCAUGCAACACAGAUUUUUGCAUGCUGCAGAUUUAGCAUGACAAGUUGCAUUCUUCCAGACCCAGACAUUUUUACAUUUGAUAAGGACCAGUUCACGUAUGAUGCGAAAAAGAUCUCCCGGUUCGACAUCCGCGCGAUCAUGCAGAUCCGGAACAUGCUGGCGUCGACGCAGCAACGGAGGCGGCAAACGCUGGAGGAGGGGAAACUUCGCGGGCCGAUCUGGCCUCCGAUGAUUGACCGGGAGAACGGGGAAGAACCGUCGGAGUGUCGCCGGUGCUUCCGCCAGAGCCACUGCUACACAUUGGCGGCGAGCUGCGAGCAGAAGAAGGAGUUGAAGCCCGAUAUGGAUCCCCGGGUGGCGAAGUACAUCCAGAAUUGGCUCAUGGUGAUCGACGCAGAGGAGGUGUUGAGUGCGAAAGCCAAGGAACGAUCUUGGCGGACGAACACGAGUUUGGGUCGAGACAAUAACGGUGGGAAGAACAACAUUAAAGGAUCUGCCGCACAGGACGACGUAAUCAAAAAAUUGCAGUUCGGGAAACCGGAUAGCGGAACAUCAACAGCUUCAAACGGUGCGACUACAAGCUCUUCCUCGAGCAAGAAUCAAGAGCAUAUCCCGCCGGCGGGCACGAAUAAAGAUGAUGACCGCGGGUGUGGGCUCCGGUAUUUGCAGUUUGAAACCGCGAGACUCGUGGACGCGCAUAGUAGCGACCAUUUCUUCCAGGACAACGCCGCCAUGGCAAAUCAGGAGCAGAUUUGUCACUGGGUCUUCACCGUGCCAGAGUCGGAAGCGGAGGCGAAGUUGAAAGCACUGCAGCCAUCGUCCGUUGGAACUACUGCAACCGCUGAAGAAGGUGCUGGUCUUCAGAAUUCUAUUUCCGGACGAGGUCAUCUUCAACAUGCUGCUGGCACAACUUCCUCCUUCCCGAUCGCCUCCCCCGGCCCCCCACGUGGGAGUCAGAUCGAUCUCGAAGACUACGGCAUCGCGGCGGAUGGAACUACUACAACAAAAAAAGCAAAUCUAAAGCCCCCGGACGAGAAUACCAAGAAACUGGUCGAGGAUCUUCUCACGCUGCCCUUCACCGUCGGCUAUCAAAUGCAAAAAUGUCUGGGUCUGGAAGAAUGCAAGUUUGUCAUGCUUGUCUGGCAUGACUCGAGAAUCUGUGUUGCAUAGGCACGAAAAAGCUCUCUUACCUGUCAUGCAAAGACGCAGUUUGCCAUGCGGAAUACGUAAGACAUAGCAGCCAAAAAAUUUGUCAUGCAUAGCUGCGUAUUGCAGUGCGUCUAUCAUUCACUUUUAGCAUUACAAGUUUCCACACCCAGCAGACAUAUUUGCAAUCCAUAUCGGCGAGCAGGUGACCAUUUCCCGCGAGCCGGAGGGGCCUUAUCAAGGUGAAAAAUGCCCCCAACCCCGAACUUGGGAGCAUUUGUAUUGCAAACCUUUCCAAAUGAAACAUUCGCCCUCUUGCAUCUAUCAGCAUCACAGAUUUUCAAUCGUGAAUAGCAAAAAUUUGUAUUGCAAAAGACCCCAGCAAGAGUGGCGCUUGUCAUGCAAGCGAUGCGAUACACGCCUAGACUCUGCAUCAGAAAGAUUCGUACUUCUUUCAUGCAUGACAAAAAGUUUGCAUUUGGAAACUUCGCAUCACAAAUUUUUGCGACUUUGGGGGUGGGGGCAUUUUUCACUGUAAUAGGCCUUACGCCUUGUUUUCCGCGGAGGUGGUGGAGAUGGAUCUGAAAACCCGGAGAAUUGUUGUGAAGCCGCGCAUGGAAAUAUCCUAUUUAGAAACGUCCCCACCCCAUAGUUGUAAUGCAAAUCUACAUGCUGAAAAUGUUUCUCAUGCGGAGCCCCAUGAGAAGCAGUUUCUAGUCGUUUUUUGAAAUUUGUCAUGCUCCAAUCAGCAUGGUGUGCUAGGUCUGUGAUGCUGCUGAGCUAGCUCAAACAGCACUACACUACGAGUCCAAAUUUGUGAUGCAAAACAGCCAAAACUUGUGGAUUUGUCUAGCCGAUUCCCCAUCUUGACUAUGGUGUGGGGACAUUUUUACUCAGGAUAGGAAAUCGCGGCGCAGCUGAAAACCAAGACCGGGGCGCAGAUGUGCGCGACGCAGCUGGCGGACAUCGAAGAUCUGCAAAAGGCGCCGUCGCAGAUGACGAACAAGGAAGUAGAGAAUGCCCCCAACCUAAAAGUAUCGGCUGAUGCAGCCAUGGAGAUCGAGAAAAUCGGCAACACGGCCUUGUCGGGAAACGACUUCUACCGCAUGGACAAGGACGAAUACGGUGGGGGCUUUCAGAAGAUCCGCGGGGAUUUGAUGCAACUGGUUUGCGUUUCGGAGCUCGAUAACCCCUUCGUGGGGAAGAUAAAACGGAAGUUGAUUUUCCUCGAACCGCCGGAGUUUUCGGAUCAGGAAAUCGAUGUGGACGCGCAAAGAAUGGUAGUGCCCGGGCAGCAAGUGCCGGGUGAGAAGGAGCUUUUACUUUUUUGGUUGCGAUAGAAGAUUUUCGUUUGAAGAUUAUAGUAGCAUUGGCGAUGAAUCAUAUCAAUCUCAAUGUACUACGUAAAUCGGACUAAAGGAAUAAGCUCCAAUCAUAAAUCAAGUAGCUACGCACAACACAGUUUCCUACCGCGCCAAACUCCUCCCCACCGACAUCGCGCCACACAAGGGAUGCCUGGAGCAAUGGAACCGAAUGAACGACACGCAGAAGGCCGUAGUGGAAAAGUGCUUCAAGGCGGAGGACUACUGCGUGGUGCAGGGCUACCCGGGGACCGGAAAAACAGAGGUCUUGGCGAAUUUGCUGGAGCUGUAUCUGAGAUCCGGAAAGCGCGUCCUCUUCUGCGCCUACACCAACGCGGCCGUGGACAACGGUUUGCUGCGGUUGCUGAGAAACCAGGAAAACAACAACCAGAAAGAGCCUUUGUCCAUCCUCCGCCUCGGCGCGGAGACGAAGGUGCACACUUUGAUUAAGCCGUACCUGUUGAAGAACUAUGCAAGAAAAAAACUGUGUUAGUGUAAGUGUAACUUUGUAAUGCAGAACAUGCAACAGAGUUACAGUUACACCUGUCAUGCCAGGCAACCAUGAAAUCCUCUUUUCAUGUGUGUUUUAGCCACGCAUGACAGGUUUUCGCUGUCAUGCAGAGCAAAUUUGUGAUGCUGUCAGCCAAGAAAAGUUACACUAACACAGUUUUUUUUCUUGGAUAAGAACCGAGAUCAUUUGACCACCACCGCACACGUGGACCAUUUGGUGGGGAAUAUCCAACUGGUCGCCUGUACCCUGCUCGGGUGCCACGACGCGUUGGUGCAGCACCUCGAUUUCGAUUUGGUGGUGGUGGACGAAGCCAGUCAAGCCACGGAGCCCGCCACGUGGUGCGCCUUGUUCAAGACGAAAAAGUUCGUUCUGUUCGGGGACACGAACCAGCUCCAGCCCUUGGUGAAGCACCCGAAGGCGAAGCAGUUCGGGCUGCAGGUGUCCUUGUAUCGUAUUUAAAAAUGUCCCCAUACCAUAGUUGUAAUGCAAAUCUGCAUGGUGAAAAUGUUUCUCAUGCGGAAUUCCAUGAGAAGCAUUCUCUAGUCGUCUUUUGGAAUUUGUCAUGCUCCAAGCAGCGUGAUACACUAGAUCUGUGAUGCUACUGAGCUAGCUCAAACAGCACUACGCUACGAGUCCAAAUUUGUCAUGCAAAACAGCCAGAGCUUGUGGAUUUGUCUAGCUGAUAUCCCAUCUUGACUAAGCAAAGCACUUCGUAAAGCAAAGCACUUCGUAAAAAGAAAGCGUAGCCAUUGUAGCUCAUGUAAAGACGCACAGCAGAUACUUCAACACACUAGCAGCGUGCGGGGGGGACCAUUGUGGUCCCCCCCACCCGCUGCGCCUCUAAAUAAAACACGCCAGGGAGUUUUCUUUUUUUUUCCAGCAGAGGCUGGCUGUGGGAAGUAGGGCAUUGCCGGGGAUUUGAAAUGCAAAUUAUAUGACGUUGGCACUGCGAUUCUAUUUCUAUAGCUUAUCUUGUGACGUUUACAUUUUGAUUUUCUUUGGCUUUUCUCACUCUUUGGACAGCUUUCGCGUCACUUCAUUGAUUUUGCAAGUAAUAGAAAUCACCACGGAAAAUGGAACGCGAACGCGGAGUCGGAAACAUUGAAAACGACCCCAAGCUCAACGGAAGCGCAUGGAGGGUGGAUGGGGGUUGCAAGAUCUGCGCGUGCCGCUGCCGCUACAGUAUGAGGAAGACUAGGGCGUGGAGAAUGCGCACGCGGGUGAGGAGGGAGGAAACGGGACCGAAACGAGAGCAAGGGGCGCAAGACGAAAGUGGAUCGAGAACCAACUUGCUGGAGCAGCGGACAAGAGCGGAAAGUAAGAAUAUCAAAACAAGAUGAAAAAGCCUUUGAUCCGCGCAAUUGCUGGAAUGUGAAUGGCGUGGACAGCGGAAGGGGUCUUUCGCAUUCCAGGAAACGCCCACCGCCCCCAAUAGCUUCGUGAUCCGAAUGAUGAAAAAAAGAAAAGAAAAGAAAAGAAAAGAAAAGAAAAGAAAAGAAAAGAAAAGAAAAGAAAAGAAAAGAAAAGAAAAGAAAAGAAAAGAAAAGAAAAGAAAAGAAAAGAAAAGAAAAGAAAAGAAAAGAAAAGAAAAGAAAAGAAAAGAAAAGAAAAGAAAAGAAAAAAAAAAAAAACGCGAAAACCGACCGGCGUUCGUUCGUUCGUCCGUAGUGCUUCGCUUGAAAAAACAAAAAGUAUUCUAGUCGCAAAACCAAGCGCCGUAGUUUUCUUUACAACCGUUUUACCAGCCGCAGGUUUGCAUCUGCGGCUACUGCUAUCCUGCAAACGCCCGGCGUAUUUUUGAAAAAACAUUAUCUGCCUCGCUGCAACCGGGGUUAGGACGUGCCUCAUUCAGGGCGGGCGGUAGCUAAAUGCGGACCUGUGAGGGCUUAAGUUCUCUGAAGCGCGCACACAGUCACUAGCGUAACCACUACAAUAAAUUUUUGACCGUUUUACGAACUUCGUCAAAAAGUCCGGGGCUGCUUCCUCCCGCAGUAAAUAGAAGGGUUUAGGUGUUUAGGGUUUUCCGAUUCAGAAAAAAAAAGUUCUUCGCCAUCGUGGAAAAAACUGGAUCGGACGUGUGCCGCUGCUACCGGCUCGACACGUAGAAAACGAAUUUCGCGCGUUGUGCGGGAGUAGCUACCCCUCCCCUGCUUCGGGUUGUAGUUGCCACUGGCGUCAUUGAUUGCGGUCGACAAUAUCCUUUCCCGAUGAUUUCCUUCUUUGGGUUUGUGUAUGGUGAAUAGGAGCUUGCUCCUUUUUGUGCCGCGGUGUCGGAGGUUUUGCAGCAUUCACGCACAAACUGCAUUUUUGGAAACGGAGGGGGGGUGCGGGACCCCCAUCAAGUCGUCGCGGCGCGAAGCCGCAAAUCCCUGGGCCACGUUUACCACCAGAAGUAUUCCGCCCGGUGGGGCGCUCCACUGAAACUGAACUGAAAAUUUUAGAGGGGGCCGGGCAAAAAAAAAAUAAAAAAUAUCCCAUCUUGACUAUGGGGUGGGGACGUUUUUACAUAGGACACCUUGAUGGAGCGACUUGCGAAACUCCACCCAGUGUGCGUCGCGGAGCUCACCUACCAGUACCGAAUGAACGAGGACAUCCAGAAAUUGCCGAACAAACUGAUCUACGACGGCAAGCUGAAGUGCGGGAACGCACAGGUGUCCACGCGGUCCAUGCGGGAGUUUUACACCAACGAGCAAAUUCAAGAUUUGGCCACAAAUGUUAUCGCGAACGAGGAGAAAAACCCGAGACUUUUUUCUCUGUUCAAAGAGAUCAAACUGUGGGAAAGAAAGGCACUGAAUCCGGACACCGGGGUCACCUUUCUGGACACGGGGGACACGUUCGCGGAGGAUCCGGUGUCGAAGCAGGAGAACUUCGGAGAGGCAAACUUGUGCCGCUCUCUGGUCGAAAAGUUAGUCGCUCUGAACGUGCCGGGGAGGGACAUCGGGGUGUUGUCCCCCUACAGGAGGCAGCUUGCUUUGGUGAAGGAGGUGUUUCAGAACGCGCACCUGACGGAAGAGGGCGUGGAAGUGUUGACCGUGGACGAGGCGCAGGGGAAGGACAAGAAGUGCAUUUUGGUCAGUUUGGUGAAGUCCAACACGGACCGGUCCGUCGGGCAGCUACUGACCGACUGGCGCCGCAUGAACGUCUUACUGACGCGGGCGCAGUGCAAGUUGAUUCUGAUCGGGUCGGUGCCGACGCUAAAGUGCGAACCUUUGAUGGAAAAAAUGAUCAACGAGUGUCACGGACACGACUGGAUCUGUCAGGUGGAUUCUUGAGAAGAUCUGGUGGACAUCUUCUAAACGAACGCUUUUUUCAUUUUAUCAACAUCAUUCAUACGUCGAAAAAAUAAAGGUGCGUACUUAAGUGACCAAUUCAUUGGUCGGCCUAAAGUGCAGUUGCACAGGUUGACGCUCGAUGGCGGCAGAACAAACGUGCUUCAAAGAAUUCCAAGCUUCGCGCAUGGUCGCGUGGUCAUUGAAUUUUCAUUUGUGCAUAAUGGUCUGCGUCAGCGUCGUGCUGCGUCCGCGUCGCGACGUCAAUAUUGCGAACACCAUAUCCUGC